CUAAUGUUUGUACUCGGUGUCAACUUACCAGAGCGUAAACUCGUCCAAUUCGCUCUACUACAGUAUGUUGGCAUCGGACAUUACACAGCCAAAUUGAUAUGUAAUCGGCUUCAAUUCCAUCCGAAACUAACAGUCGAUUUCAAACUUUCUGAUCCACCAAAACCAAAAACACUUUCAUUAGAAGCAGAUCCACUUCAAAGGUUAAUAAUCGAAAGUGAUUUAAGAAGAGAAGUUCGAGCGAAUAUAGCUCAUCAUCGAGCCGUUGGAUCGUAUAGAGGAAAAAGACAUGCAUUAGGAUUUCCUGUGAAUGGUCAACGUACUCAUACCAAUGCUAAAACUGCUAAAAAAUUAAAUAGAGUGGAUCGA